AUGAUUGCUCAACUUGAGAUUAUUCCAAUUAUAAUUAUAUAUUAUUGCAUCAUAGAUAUAUUGGCUGUAGACCCUACUGUUUCAGAGAAUUCAGAAUAUGAGGCUGUUUUGGGCAGAGGUCGGACAUAUCCUGUUCCAAAGAACCAAGAUAUCAAAUUACUAAUCAAUGACACGUUAGACUUAAGUUGUGCAAAUGUAAACAAUGUCGAAUGGAAAAUCCAAAAAACAACCAGUGAAUCCAAAACAAUGGCUGAUAGAAAUUUGAAAAUCCCGAAUCUAGCACUAACCGAUGAAGGCAUUUACGGUUGCUAUUCGAAUGGAGAACUAAUAACAGAAUAUAAUUUGACUGUUCUGGAGCCACCCUAUUUUAUAAAAAAAUUCUUGAUGCAGCCAUUAGUAGUCAAGCCAGCCGGUAAUAUUGCUCAGUUGAAAUGUCGAGCUGGGGGAAAUCCAUCUCCAAAUGUAACGUGGCUCAAAGAUGGUCUUGAACCAAAAAGAAAUUACGGAGAAUAUAAGCAAAAUCAUUGGUCACUGACUUUGGAAGAGUUGGUCAGUGAUGAUAAGGGAAACUAUACUUGUAUUGUGUGCAAUGAAGCUGGCUGUAUACAUUUUACAUAUACGCUCGAUGUUUUGGAACGAUAUCACCAUAAACCUAUUAUUACAAAUAUCCCAGAAAACGUCACCGCACAAAUUGGAAGCCAUGCAUCCUUCAAAUGUGAAUUUUUUUCUGACUUAUCUAAACAUAUUUCUUGGUUUAAGCUUCUUGAGAAUGAUCGUGUCACUAAGUAUGGAAAUGUCUUAGAACCGGAAGUUUUAGAAAUUUCAAAUGUUACACAUGAAGAUGAAGGAUGGUAUACUUGCAUAGCUGCAAACAGUCUAGGUGUAACAUCGGCAAAGGCUUAUCUGAAUGUUGUACCUGAUUCACCAGAUGUUGGGGGACCCAAAUCAAUACCCAUGAGAAUAUAUUCUUUUUCAAAAACCCAAGACAUAAAACUAAUAAUUAAUGACACAUUAAACUUAAGUUGUCCAGAAGGGUACAAUGUCGAAUGGAAAAUUCGUAAAACUAACACAAGCGGUUCCAAAACAAUGGCUGGUCAAAAUCUAACCGUAGCAAAUCUAACAUUAGCCGAUGAAGGCACAUAUGGUUGCUACUCAAAUGGAGAUUUAAUUGCAGAAUACAACCUAGUCGUUCUUGAGCCACCCUAUUUUAUAAAAAAAUUCUUAAUGCAGCAAUUAGUAGUCAAGCCAGCCGGUAAUAUUGCUCAGUUGAAAUGCCGAGCUGGCGGAAAUCCAACUCCAAAUAUAACGUGGCUCAAAGAUGGUGUUGCGCCAAAAAGAAAUUAUGGCGAAUACAAGCAAAGUCAUUGGUCACUGACUUUGGAAGAUUUGGUUACCGAUGAUAAGGGAAACUAUACUUGUAUUGUAUGCAAUGAAGCGGGCUGUACUAAUUUCACUUAUAGGGUUGAUGUUGUGGAACGAUUUCCUCACAAGCCUUACAUAAAGGAUGGUUAUCCCGAAAAUAUUACUGUUCUGGUAAAUUCGACAGCUCGUUUUGAAUGUCCACAAUUGGUGGCCGAUUUGGAGCCCUACAUUACAUGGCUUUACAUAAAUUCUUCGUAUGAUUUUCAGGAAGGUGAAGAUCUCAAUGGAAUCAAAAAGAGUGGAAAUAUUUUGGAACCAGAAAUUUUAGAAAUUUCAAAUAUAACAUAUGAAGAUGAAGGAUGGUAUGCUUGCGUAGCAGCAAAUAGUCUAGGACACACAUCGGCGAAAGCAUAUUUGUCAGUGGUAGAUGUCUUGCCAGAUGCAGAAGAAGCCAAACCGAUAACAUUGAAGAUAGGCCUUAUCAUAGCUGCUAUCGCAGCGGCUGUAUUUUUGCUGCUAUUUUAUAUUUGCAUUUAUUACAGACAAAAAAUUAAAAGGGAAAAAAGGGAGAAAAUGAUUGCCGUAGAAACCGCUAGGGCGGUAAUCAUCACACAGUGGACCAAGAAAGUUAUUAUUGAAAAGCUAUCCCACAGCCCUGAGGAUGCAUCCGAACCCCUGCUAAUGCCUGUGGUUAAAAUUGAAAAACAGAAAGCCCAACUUAACAACUCUGGAGACGGUUUGUUAUCCGAAUACGAAUUACCUAUGGAUUCAGACUGGGAAAUACCAAGAGAUAAUUUAUUAUUAGGAAAAAUUCUGGGAGAAGGUGCAUUUGGUAAAGUAGUCAAAGCAGAAGCUGUCAACUUGCUGAAACCGGACGGCAGAUGUACCGUGGCGGUCAAAAUGCUCAAAGAUGGACACAAUGACAACGAAAUGAUGGACCUGGUAUCGGAAAUGGAAAUGAUGAAAGUGAUUGGCAAAAAUAUCAACAUAAUUAAUUUGAUUGGCUGCUGCACUCAAGGUGGUCCCUUGUACGUGGUAGUCGAAUAUGCACCCAAUGGAAAUUUGAGAGAUUUUUUGAGAGAGCACAGGCCGACCUCUGGGUAUGAAAUUGCAGUGGGCAGUGAGACCAAAGAAAGGAAAACUCUUACACAGAAAGAUCUAGUUUCUUUUGCAUACCAAGUAGCUAGAGGCAUGGACUAUUUGUCAUCAAGAAGGUGUAUUCAUCGGGACUUAGCGGCUAGAAACGUUUUAGUCAGUGAUGACUUCGUCCUCAAAAUAGCCGAUUUUGGUUUGGCUAGAGAUAUUCAUUGCAACGAUUAUUAUAGAAAAAAGACUGAUGGAAGAUUACCAGUUAAGUGGAUGGCACCAGAAGCACUAUUCCAUAGAGUCUACACGACUCAAUCAGAUGUUUGGUCAUAUGGGAUUCUUUUAUGGGAGAUUAUGACGCUAGGAGGCACACCUUAUCCAUCUGUUCCAAGUGUUGAAAAGCUUUUUCAGUUGCUAAGAAAUGGACACAGAAUGGAAAAGCCGCCCUGUUGUUCACUAGAAAUCUACAUGCUCAUGCGAGAAUGUUGGAGCUAUCAACCAAACGAACGACCAGUGUUUUCUGAGUUAGUUGAAGAUUUAGAUCGUAUUUUAACGAUUACAGCUAACGAAGAAUAUCUUGAUUUGGGUCUUCCACAGCUGGAUACUCCUCCGUCUAGUCAGGAGUCUAGUUGCGACGAAGACUUCCCUUUUCCCCAAUAA